UAUUAAGAAUGUUAUUACUACAGCAUGCAUAACUUGCCCAUGCCGGUCACACACCGAACCCGCAUUGAGUUCAUAAACAAUAUAUACAUACAUACAUACAUACAUACAUAAGUAGAUUAUCUACAGGAGAUAUGUAUGUAUGUGUAUUUACGUAUAAGUAUGUAUAUACGUAAAUAUGCACAUAUACAUAUGUACAUAUGUAGUGGUACAUACAUACGUUGUUCUGUGGACGCUUAUGUAUACCUACAUGCAUAUCUACAACAUAUACAUACAUAUUUAUACUUAUUUACAAACGACUUGGUCUCAACUUAUCCACAUAAAUGGUCAAGAAUAUUUAUGCAUGUACAUAUAAAACACGGUGUAGAUUUUAAGUAAAGUGUAUAAGUAUAAAAAUAACACAUUAGCUGAAUAAAUAUUUUAUCCAUUUGUCCCUUUGACAGUGUUCUCUGAAGUAUUAGACCCCCACUUCAAAGAUAUUCGAGUUCAGUCUCGUCUUGAUUUAGCCACGUACCACACUCUGCCAAACGGAUAAAUCCGACUACUUAUCCAUCCAACUGCACUGUAUGAAAUAAUAUUUUUAUCAAACCGUGUAACGAUGGUGCCACUUCCGGUUUUGGACAGCGUAAUCAUUGGCGCAGGGUUUGCCGGUCUGCACACACUAUGGAAACUGAAGGAGCUCGGUUUUUCCACGAAAAUCUUAGAAAUGGGUCCCGACGUGGGGGGAACGUGGUAUUGGAACCGCUAUCCGGGAGCCAGAGUGGACAGCGACAUGCCAAUGUAUCAACUUCCCGUCGAAAAAGUCUGGUCAAGUUUCGAGUGGAGUGAACGCUUCCCAAAAAGAGACGAAAUUUUAUCGUAUUUCCAUCAUUUUGUGGAAACCCUUGAUUUGAAGAAGGACAUCGAGUUCAACUCCCACGUCGUUUCGGCCACCUUUGACGAAUCUCGCCAUCUCUGGGAAGUUAAAACAUCUACCGGAAAUACAACUCUGGCAACCCAUUUGAUUUUAUGUAUAGGAUUUUCCGCUCGAAAGUAUACUCCGAAUUUUCCCGGGCUGGACAAAUUUAAAGGACAAAUCUACCACUCAGCCGACUGGCCUGAAAACCCCGUUGAUUUCAAGGGAAAACAUGUCUCCGUCGUGGGGACGGGUGCCUCUGGGGUACAAAUUAUUCAAGAGGUCGGACCCAUCGUUGAUCAUCUCACCGUAUAUCAGCGCACCCCAAACCUCGCAUUGCCAAUGCAACAGACUAAAUCCCGCGAUGCUCUCUUCGCACAAAGGUCCCAGUAUGGCGACUUGCUUAAAAGGAUGCGCACAACGUUUAGCGGGAUGCACAUUGACUUUAUCCCAAAAAGUUUGACUACACGACCCCCGAAGAAAGAAGGGAAUUGUACGAGAAUCGCUUUCAACUUGGUGGAUUCAACUUCUGGUUGGCGAAUUUUGUCGAAAUAUUCUUCGACCAGAAAGCCAACGACGAAGUCUAUGCGUUCUGGGCUGAAAAAGUGAGAGGAAGAAUAACAAGCGAGACAAAACGAGACUUACUCGCUCCCCUCGUGCAACCACACCCAUUCGGAACGAAACGGCCUUCUCUGGAGCAAUCUUACUACGAAGUUUGCAAUCAAGACAACGUCGACAUCAUCAACGUUAAGGAGUCGCCCAUCGUUGAAAUUACCCCGACCGGAAUAAAAACUGAGGACGGGGGGCACAUUGAAGCGGACGUUAUCGUGCUCGCGACAGGAUUUGAUGCUCACACGGGAGGAAUGUUGGACAUCUCGAUUAAAAAUGGGGUGGGACUUUCCCUCAAUGAAAAGUGGGCUGAGGGGACGUCCACUUUUUUUGGACUGGCCCUCCACGGAUUUCCAAACAUGUAUUUUAUGUAUGGACCUCAAGCUCCGACAGCAUUUUCGAACGGGCCGAGUUGCAUUGAGGUUCAGAUGGGGUGGAUAACUGAAUUGAUGGUGAGCAUGAGGGCGGAUGGGAGGACGAGGGUGGAAGCAGAUAAGGACGCUGAGGACGCUUGGGUCGGGCAAGUUAAGCAGAUUUGGGACAUUAGCCUAUUUUGCAAAGCAGAUUCGUGGUAUCAAGGGGCCAAUAUUCCGGGGAAGAAGAAGGAACCGCUGAAUUUUGCGGGGGGUAUUCCCGUCUACUUAAAAGCGUUAGAGGACUGCAAGGCGGAGGGGUACAAGGGGUUUAAGUUUGCUUGAAGAGAAUUUUUUUGGGAUGCAAAUUAUUUGUAACUGCAAAGUUUAAACGAAUACUGAAAUAAAUAUAUAAAAUUUUUGCACAUUUAUUAUAGUAAUUUUGGUAAAUAUUUCAAACUGUUAGAAAAAUGUAUGUUUAUAUGAAAUUAAAGGAGGGUUUCAUGAGUUUGUAAAUACAACUAAAUACGCUCAUAUAUAUGUAAGUACAUGUUUAGUGACCAAAUUACGAAAAUAAAAUAGGAAAAAAUUGGUUAAUUAAUUUUCAGAAAAUUUGUCCGUAGAUUUUAUUUUAUUACAAAAUAAUUACUGGUGGAUUGACAACAAGAAGUCAGUCUUAAUUUGCAAGGCAGAAGCUGAUGAUUAUGUAUAUAAUUUUAUAACAUUUAACAUGACGAGGGAAAUACAUUGUUGAUAUUGAUCUACAUACAAUUAAAUA